AUGUGUGCGCGUGUGCGUGCGCGUGCGUGUAAAUCUAGGAAGUAAGUUCACGACCCGGGGCAGCACCGCGGUGGACACGUCAGAUCCCCCACAUCUCUGAUAACAACUUUGAUUUCAAGGAAGAACUGUUUUCUCCCACGCGAUUUGCGUGUGAGCUUCUGGGAGGGGAUUUGAAACUGAUCGAGAAACAGUUUCCUGUCUCACCUUUUUCCUCUGGAGGCUCAGGUGAGGGAAGUUUUUCUCUGGCUUGGUUUCACUGGAGCUGCAGGAACUCGUCUCCUCUCUCUCCCCUUCGCUGUGGUUGGGACUUCUCCAGCUCCUCAACAUGCAAUGAGCGGUCUGUGGAGGCUGGCAGAGAGUUGGCGCAGUGAGUUAUGCUGAAGCCUGCGUCCGUGUAUCAGGAUGAGCACUACAGACGGAGCCGGGGCCCCUGAGCAGGACGGAAGGGCCCGAGUCGUGCAGAUCUACCCCCGGGUGUCCCAGGAAACGGCCGUCUACUGUCCCCUGCAGGUGAGCGGCGGGGACAAUGCGAGGUCCGUCAUCCACAACGCUAUCGUCACCCUGGGGCUGGACUCCAGCCAGAGGUACGCCCUGCUGGAGGUCAGGGAGAGGGAUGGAGAAGAGAUGCCUCUGGAAGAUGGCGACGUUCCUCUGGAGCGAGUCCUGCUGUGGCCGACACAGGCACAGAGGUGGCAUCCUCGGAGCCAGGGCCACUACUUCAUCCUGCAGCAGCAGCCGGCCGCCAUUGGAGGCGACCAAGUGGGCAGCACCGAGGACUAUGAUGACCUCUGCAACCUCCCGGCUGUGACUGAGCAGAGUAUUCUGGAGGCUUUACGCCAACGCUUCUACAAGUUCAAAAUCUACACCUACGCCAGCAACGUCCUCAUCGCCAUCAAUCCCAAUAAGCUCCUUCCGGUUUACUACAACCCCAAGUAUAUCAAGAUGUAUGAGAAGCAGCCACUGGGCAAACUGAGCCCUCACAUAUUUGCGGUAGCAGACGUGGCCUUCCGCACCAUGCUCAGCCGGCAGGUCAACCAGUGCAUCGUCAUAUCUGGAGCGAUCGGCUCGGGGAAGACGGAGAGCAGCAGUUACCUCAUCCACUGCCUGACCGCGCUGGGCCAGAAGACCUACUCCACCGGGCUGGAGCGGACCAUCCUCGGGGCGGGACCGCUGCUGGAGGCUUUUGGCAACGCCAGGACUGCACAGAAUAACAACUCCAGUCGCUUCGGGAAGUUCAUCCAGCUCCACUACCUGGAGAGCGGUGUCAUCAGAGGGGCAGUUAUUGAGAAGUACCUACUUGAGAAGGGCCGCCUGGUGUCCAGAGAUAAGACGGAGAGGAACUACCACGUGUUCUACUAUCUGCUGGUGGGAGCGUCCAAAGACGAGCGGGAGGAGUUUCACCUGCUGAAGCCGCAGGAUUAUCUUUACCUCAAGCAGGUCUUCCUCAGUCUUAUAGAUGAUGAGGAGAAACUUCGGCAGGAGUACAAAAGGCUCCAUCAGGCCAUGGAAAUGGUCGGCUUCCUGGCCUCCACCCAGAAACAAAUAUUUUCCACGCUCUCUGCCAUCCUCCACCUGGGCAAUGUGACGUACGCCCUGUCAGAGGACACUGAGGUCCUGGAGGUUGGACCUGCUGAGGUCCUGUCUACACUGUCUGACCUGCUCAAGGUGAAAGAAGAGUUGCUGGUGAAGACGUUGACCAAGAGGAGAGUCGUGACCACCAACGCCACCAUAAACUAUCCGUACACACUAGAAGAGGCCUCCAAAGCGCGGGACUCCAUGGCCAAGUCUCUGUACAGCGCCCUGUUUGACUGGAUCGUCCUUCACAUCAACCUCGCAAUGCUCAACAGACGAGACAUGGAGGAGUCCGUCUCUUGUUUGUCCAUCGGUGUGCUGGACAUGUUUGGAUUCGAGAACCUCCACACAAACGGUUUUGAGCAGCUGUGCAUCAACUACACGAAUGAAAAACUGCAGCUUUACAUCAACCAGAACAUGUUCAAGCUCAAGCAAGAGGAUUAUGUGUCGGAGGGCCUCACGUGGCAGAACAUUGACUACAGCGACAACAGUGGCGUCAUCGAACUGAUCAGCCAGAAAUCAACUGGAAUCUUCGACCUGCUGCACAACGAGGACGAACUCCCCGAGGCCACAGAUGAAACCUUGAUGCACCAGCUGAAGCAGCAGCAUCACAACAACUCCCUUUUUGUACCUUCUCCAGACACAAAGCUGACUUUUGCCAUCCGACACUUUGCUGGGACUGUUGAAUAUCACAUCAAGGACUUCAGAGAGAGGAACUCGGAGCACAUGCGUCCUGAGGUCGUGUCUCUGCUACGCAGCAGCGAGCGGUCCUUCCUGCAUCAGCUGGUUGCUUCCAGCCCAGAGGCCCUGUUCAGAUGGGGCGUCCUCCGAGCCACCAUCCGAAUCCUGUCCGUGUUCAAAAACCUGGGACGCCAGCGGGCAGACAAGGCCACCAGACGCACCUCCCGCAAAUCCCUCAAAGAAAUCAAACAGCGCAACAGUGCCGUGGACCGACUCUCCAGCCACAGCAUCACUCUGGACUUCUCCUUCGAUCGCUCUGACGAACAUCCUCUCGAUGUAUUCGAAGACAUCUUCACCAGUUAUGAAAUGAGGAAGAGGAGCAGAGGAGGUCGACAGAAGCAGCUCAUUCCAAAGAAACUCAUGGAUUUCCGGUCACUCCAUCAUAUUGUUGGUCUCACUGCGCACGACCGAACCAGCAAAUCCGUCUUCCACCCUAACCCGAGAGCCAGGCCUCUCACAGUCAGUGCUCAGCUGCAGGCUUCGCUCAGAAAGCUGAUGGAGACGAUUGAAAAAGCCGAGCCUUUUUUCAUUUUCUGUCUUCGCUCCAACACUGAAAAGAAGGAGCUGCACUUUGACGAAGAACUCGUGCUGAAGCAAAUCCGGUACAUAGACAUGCUGCAGAUGGUUCACAUCCAGAAGUCUGGCUACAGCGCUAGAUACACAUUCAUGGACUUUGUGGAGAAGUUCAGGAUGUUAUUCCCAAAAGGAGCACGUGGAGCUCCUGAGCACAUAACUGAGCUGUUUGAGAAGAUGAAGCUCGACAAGUCCAACUACCAAAUAGGAAAAACAAAGGUUUUCCUCAAGGAAAAGGAGAGGCAGCUGCUCCAAGACACUCAUAACAAAGAGGUGAUGCGUCGCCUCAUCAUUCUGCAGCGCUGGUUCCGGGCCUCUCUCAUACGACAGCACUUUCUGCAAAAGAAAGAUGCCACGCUUCUCAUUCAGAGGAGCUGGCGAGAGUUUUAUGAGAAUCAAAACCAAGCUGCGACCGUGAUCCAGACGGCGUGGAGGACUUCCCUGAAGAGGAAGGACGAGGGGACGACUCGGCAGGGAAGGGACAGCAUGACCAAAAAAGAGUUCAAGAGGCAGCAAAAAGUUGAGCAGAGCCCCAACAGGACCCAGAGGCUCGACCCCGACAGCAACCGGUCGGCACCGAGGGACCAGAGCCGGGAGAAACGAGACGGCAGAGGAUCCCCGCCGCCGCUCACCAGGCCCCACUCCUGCCCUCUGGACCCUAAAGUAGUAGGUGUGCACCGCUCCCCCAGCCCCUCCACCUGCAGCUCGCUUCAGCGCUACACAGACAUGGAGGGCUUCAGGGAAAAGGCCGAAAAGUGGAAGGAAAGAAAGAGUGAGGGCGAACCCACAGAUGAGUCGAGUCCAGAAACAUUCAGGCGAAAUGUACAGGCAAAUAAGGCAGAUGAGUUUCACCGAAAAGGGAAAUCCAAGUCUGUGGAUGAACUGUCAAAGAUCUGCUCAUCAGGCUCUGAUAGUUCACCUUCCGGCAGCGAGGUCAGGGUGCGCCUCAGAAAGCUGCCCAAACGCAAACGGCGCUUAGCCUACGCCCGCAGCGGUUUGAUGGCUAACUUUGGGGGCUCCAAGGAGAGUGAGUACUGGAGCUUCCCGCUGCCUCCCCUCAGCCCCCACAUAAACGCCCUGAAGAGCUCGGUCAGUAGCACGGAUGUCCGGGGCUACAAAUCCCGGGUCAAGAUUUCAGCAGAACCUGAUGGGUCGAGGUUCAGCCUCCAGCCCAGGACCAGCAACGAGAACUCAGGACAGGGGUCGAACCAAUCGCAGCUCACGACUCCUGAUAAGAUCUGGUUUCUCAGCAGAUUCCUGAAGAGACGAGUACCGAAACUUUCCCCGAGCAGUGACUCUCCUACAGUCACCCUGCCCAGCUACACUCCGCAUUCCUACCACCUGCCGAGCAAAAACAGUGGGAGGCCCAAUCAAAACCCCACCAUUAAAAUCAGCCGCACCACCCGGUCGAUCGAGUGGAACACAUCUCUGGACCGGGAGAUCAGCAACACCAAGGAGCUAAGACAUCUGGACGAGUUCCUCGGAAACCAGGUCAACGAGCUCCGAACAAGAAUAAAAGAGCUGUCGCCAACAGAGCGCAUCUUCCUCACAGCCACCAUGCAGUUCAGAGAGACCAUCAAAGGCAUGUACUCGUUGGAGAAGCCGCAGAUUGCCUAUAAGGAUCUGAUGAAAGGUUACCACAACAAGGUCAACACACUCGCUGGCCCCGGGGAGAAGGCAAAAGUCUCCCUGGUGGUCAACCUGUUCCAGUCCGUGCUCGACGGCUUCAUCAGGGGCGAAAGGAAACGAGAGGAGUCCGAGCCGCCGAAGGCGCCUAAAGGGACAAAGAAGAGGCGGAAAAAGGAAAAAUGUCUCGACAGUCCUCUGGAUCACCUGUUCAGCACCUACCAGGUGAACAUCAUGCAGUCAUGUGACUUGUGUGGCUCCUACAUCUGGGGGAUGGAGAAAGCCUACAUGUGCAGCGCCUGCAAAUUAAUAUGUCACAAGAAAUGUUUGGACAAAAUCAUCACAGAUUGCUCCACACGGUGCGCCAGACAGGAUGAGAAUUUGCCAGGCUCCCUUCACUUUGGGGUGCAGGUGUGUGUCCUCACCAGUAAAGCCAACCCCGUGCCCAAGGUGGUGGAGAUGCUUCUGUUGUAUGUGGAGAUAAACGGCCUCUACACCGAGGGCAUCUACCGCAAGUCGGGCUCGGCCGUUCGAGCGAGGGAGCUUCACCAGAUCCUGGAGACCAAUCCUGAGUCAGCAUGUUUAGAGAACUACCCCAUCCACACCAUCACCGGUCUGGUUAAACGAUGGCUCAGAGAGCUGCCUGACCCCCUCUUGACCUAUUCCCUCUACAGUGACUUUCUCCAUGCUGCAGAGCUGCCUGAGAAUGAUGACAGAAUCCGGGCUGUGUACCAGAAGGUUGAUGAACUUCCUCCUGCUAAUCACAACACAUUGGAGCGGCUCAUCUUUCACCUCGUCAGGGUCGCAAAGGAAGAAGAGCACAACAAAAUGACGCCGACCUCUCUGGCUAUUGUGUUUGCCCCCUGCAUCCUGCGCUCUCCUGACUCUGACGACCCCUUCCUGGGUAUGAAGGACGUGUCCAAGACAACACAGUGUGUGGAGACGCUGAUCUGUGAGCAGUUCAGACGCUACAAUGAGAAGAUGCAGAAUAUCCAGGAGCUGGAAUAUGCCGAGGCCCUGGCUGUGAAUCAGCUCAAACUGAAGAGGCAGAACACGGUUGUUGAAAACCCUUCCGAGCUGAAUGUUCCAGAGACGAUCAACACUGAUGAAACAGAGAUGACUCUCAUCGAAAGGAUCAAGUCCAUCAAGCAAGAAAAGGUGGACCUGGCCUGCAGGCUACCUGACCUGGAGCAGGAGAACUCCGACAACGAAAACCUGGACUCAUCGUCAUCAAUGAGCUCCGAGAGCCUGGAUGAUCGUCUGGGGAGCCUGGAAUCGGAAGGAAGGGUGACCAUGCGAUUGAAAACGCGGAAACCCGACUGCCCGGUGAAACCUCCUGACCUGGCCCAGAGAGUCAGGAGCCUGAUGGCUCAGACAAACGAGUUCACACCGGGACGAGGGACGGGUGUCACUCAGUCCAUGAUAUUCCUGUCGAGCCCAGACAACCCCUCCGCCAACGGGAGCUUUGAAGACCUGGACAUCCCUUACAUCGAUGAAGAUGAGGAUCUACCUUGAGCGCAACACCACCGGCAUUAUUUUAGAUUUUCUCAAGUACGUGUUAACAGAAGAUGUGCACUUUGUUUUAAAGACUUUUCCAUUUGUCAGUGCUGCUAUGGAGACAAAGUGCUUUGAGGACUUAUUUGUAUUUAACGGAGAAACAGUUCCUUCAGGGUUUUUAAUCACAGAUCUGAAGAAGAACCAUCAGCAAGGUCUCAUCCUUGUGUAUCGCUGUAUGUGAUUGUAAACAUAUUUCAGAAUUGUACAGGACGCACGUUUUAGAAAAGGUCCCUUUGAGCUGUGUAUCAUCUGUAGAGAUAAAUAGAGAAAUGUGACGAGGAGCAAUUUAGGAUUCAAGUACCUCCUUUAUUCACAGACCAUAUUCUGAGCUGACGACUGUGGUGCCAAUGGAUGUGGAGGAGUAAUUUGUGAAAAGAACAAAUAAAUGUACCAAAAAAAGUUCUAACAUUGUAUAUAAAGUGAUUUUCCAUUGUACAGACUGUAACAUUGUAUUUUGGGCAUUUGCUGAAUUAUUUGAAACUGAUCAGUUGAGUUUUUGGGGCUUUUCUUUAUUACAACUGCCGUGAGUGAUCCCUGAUUCAACGAACCUACAAAGAAAAAUGGUCGCAAUGCUUUUUAUCCAGACUGAAAAUGUAUCCCUCUGUCUUUUUUUUAUUUCUUGUUCCAAGGCUGUGCAGUUUUCACUAAGUAAACACUUUGUCAAUACAUUUUUUUAUAUGCAUGCAUGUACAUUUAAUAAGGGUUUAGGAAUUCUGUUUGUUGUGGGGGAUGUCUUCUAAUUUGGACUCUUGAUUCCCCAAAUGAAAUUCACUGACCAUUUUCCUAGUGUCACUACAUGAACUGAUAAUAAUAACUGCCACCAAUAAUUACUCCCUUGACAUCAACAAGCGUUGUAAGAGUGUAUGUCAUAUUCUGGUCGGACAUUAGGAUGCAAGUACAUGGUAUCACCCUGACAAAAACAACCUGCACAAAUAAACAUUAAAUGGAAAUUAAAUUAUAAAGCAGAGCUCCAUUUAUAUAUCUAUUAUUUAGAAAAUUUAAAAAACAAUUUUGAAAUAUAUUAAUUGGAAUUUAUGCUUUAAAUGUUGACAAGAGACACGGCAAAUUAGUCCAAAAGGAUGAAGUUAAAUCAAAAAUAUACAUAAAAACUUAACAUAACAUUUAGGAAAAUAGGAUUUAUUGCAGUGCUGUUGACUGUUUAGACUGCACUAGUUUCAGUCAGGUGUUCCUAAUAAACUGACAACUGAGUGUAUGUUAUGGUGAUUUUAUGUUUCUAAGAUUUAUCUCAGAAAUGGGCCAAUGAUUACUUUGUUUACAUUUAGUAUAACAAUUUCUACAGUGUGGAAUAACUACUUUAACUUGGAUGACAGAUCUGACUACCUCUCCCACCACUAAUGAAAAGUAGAUCAAUUAAGCAGAGUGAAUACAGUAUUAUCGUUAAUGUCUGACAGGCAUCGUCAAGCAAAGCCCAUCUCUAAAUUCUUGGAUUCUUUCUUUUUUUAUGUACAAAAUAUUCAUGUUUAAACUUUAACAACACUUUUGUUAUGAUAGUGGAGGUUGAGAAGAUUGUGUUGGAUUUUAGUUAAGACGAAUCAAAUGUUAAGUGUACAUCUUGAAAGUGUUUUUUUUUUUGUAUGUUUCUGAUGUGCUUUUCAUAAAUAAAGUUUUCUUUUCUCCUGA